AUGAUGAGAGAAAUUGACGGUAAUUAUCGUUACGAUAAGAAAGAUUCAUCAUCAAAUCUUAAGCCAAAUUUAUCUUUGAACAAAAUGUCAAAAAAGAAUCAACAAACAACUGCUGAUGCUUUUGGUACAUCAGAUGCCUAUAAUCUGGAAGAAAUGAUCGCUUUCAUUCGUCAAAAUCAAAAUAUCGCGUUUGGUGUUCAUGAACAUCUUACUCACCAUACCCAUCCUCACCACUCAAGUGAUAAUGAUGAUGCACAGAUAUCAAAACAACAACGGUUAAAACGUGCUGUUUCAAGCAAUCUUCCAUGCCUUUUUAUUGAAUACGAACAAGCAGAAAACCUGAAGAAUAGACCAUCGGAUAUAUCAGCAGCACGUGUAAUUGAAGGUUAUUUCAAACAGCAAGGAAUCGCAAUAUCGUUCUCACUAGUCGGGGAUGCAGAUAACAAAUUAAAAUUAGGAGUAAGCAACAAAGAGGCGUAUGCAACUUUAAUAAAUACGGAUAAAUGGUCGUCACAAGUCAAUAAUAUCAACAUCACCGUGAGUGAGCCAAAAUUUACUCCCGAUUCCUUUGUGCUUGUGGUUCGAUAUGUACCUCUUCAGUACCAUGACGAGUUUGCCAAGGAAGAAAUUAAACGAAAUCUUCAAUCAGUCGAAAAUAUCAGACAAAUUCAGUAUCGUUUCCAAAGAAGAACAAACGAUUUUUGUUUCGUUAUUAAAGAUCCGGAUGAAUAUAAUUCAACUUUAAAAUUAGGUCGGAUAUCGAUUGGAAAUACAUUUUGCACCAUUACACCAUUCCUCACUGGUAAUAGAAUGACUUAUUUUACUCGUCGCUGGUGUUUAGGUCGUAUGAGAGAUAAAUGUAACGGAGAAUAUUCACGUUGUCGAAUAUGUCUUGAUAAUCUUAUAAACGGUCAAACACAUGUAUGUUCGAAUACAGUCCGAUGUGCUCAGUGUGAUGGAGAGCAUCAUUCGUUAUCUAGUGAAUGUGAAAAAGUAGUUGAAUAUCGAUCUAAUCUAAAAGAACAAGCUGAAAAUGCAUUGUCAGCAGGCAAGCUACAACGUUUAGUGCCUCAAGACCGUGUUCAACUAACGGAAUUUCAGCUGAAACAAAAUGAAUUCCCGUCACUGCCAUCACUAAUGUCUUUCACUACUCCAUGGAAAAUAACUUCAGUGUAA